AUGAUGAGUUACUUUGGUGUAACCUGUGUGUUAGGUUCUGUCUCUUGUUUCUGUGUUCAAGUUUCUUCAAGGAAUAUGAAAGACUUAUUCUUCAAGACACCAUCUAACCUAUUUUUCAACAACAGAAGGACAAAGACAAGUAGUCAGUUCAACGUCGUUUUUUUAGAAUAUCUCUAUUUUUGUAUCACACACCCCUAUCCUAUCAUCGCAAACCAACCCUGUUGUGUAACUACGACUAUCGGUAUUAGUAGUUUAAGAGACAUGUCAGAAACAGUAACUCAAUUUAAAGUAUUGGCUCGAAAGAAUUUACUCAUAAAGAGUAAAUCAAAAUGCGGUAUAUGUUGUGAAAUUGUAUUUCCAAUCAUUUUAGUUGCAUUAUUAUUUGUUUUAUUAGGUAUUAUACAAGCAUUUAAACCAGAUUUUGAUGUUAAACCAAUUAGACCAAUGGGUCAAUUUAUGGGUGGACAACGGUCUUUAUUGUAUGGACCAACACCAUUGACAGCCGAACAAGAUGCCAUUUUACAAAUAGUGAUUGGUAAUACGGCCGCUCAAUUUAAUAUGCAAGCCAACGAAACGGCUGCAUUCUUUUUACCAUUUGAUAGUGUAGAAGCUAUGGACACUCACUUUGCCAACAACUCUGACUCGACUUUUGCAGGUGUUUGGUUUAAUUCAUCGACACCAUCCUCUCCAACCACUCCAUUUGCCUAUUCGUUGCGUUUCGAUUCCGACGAUCUCCCACCAAACGAUGAGAGUUAUACUCGUAAUGAAGACGGUAAGGAUUACACGACCACUGGUUUCCUAUCGGCUCAAUUAGCAUUUGAUAGUGCCAUUCAUCAACACUUUGGUUUAAAUUUCAGUCAAUCGUCACCAGUCAACACACAAAGAUUUACCGAUCCAUUUGACACUAAUUGGCAACGUUGGAAUACCGGUCGUGACGCUAUCUACAAGGAUGCCGGUUCCGUAUUUUACACUGCUGCAUUGUUUAUGUUUGCAUUCAAGAUUAUCACUGAACUCGUCUCUGAAAAGGAAAUGAAAAUUAGAGAAGGUAUGCGUAUGAUGGGUAUGAAUGAAACUGCCUAUUUUACAAGUUGGAUUGCCACCUCUCUCAUCAUUGCCCUUCCCAUCACUAUCCUCAUCAUUAUCGUCGUCAAAGGUUCUGCCAUUGUAUAUCAUACUGGUUGGGGUUCCGUCUUACUCUUAUUCAUCUUUUAUCUAUUUACAUUAUUAUUACUUGGUUUUAUUGCUAGUUUAUUCUUUGAUAGUUCAAGAUUUGCAGGUUUGAUUUCAUAUGGUAUUGCAAUUGGUAUUAAUAUUGCAGGUAUCUUUAUUGCAAAGGCUGAAGUAUCGAAAUAUGUCAAGUUCCUACUCUCCCUCUUGUCUCCCAUCGGUAUGGCUUGUGCUCAUUAUUCAAUGGCCGUUAAAGAUUUGGUUGAUGUUAUGAAUCCACCACCUGAAUAUACAAAUACUGAUGUUGAUGAAAUAAUUGGUAUGAUGAUAUUAGAUAUUGUAUUAUAUGGUAUAAUUUAUUGGUAUUUAAGUAAUGUAGUACCAGGUGAAUUUGGUACAUCCAAACCAUUACUUUUCUUUUUAAAGAAAUCUUAUUGGUUUACACCAGACAAAUCAAAGAAAUCAUUUGAUCUAGAGAACGACACUUUUGGUGCAGACCAAGAUGUUGAACUCAUUCCAAUGGAUCUUCGUAACAAGGUAACCGUUUCCAUUCGUGGUCUCAAAAAAGAUUUUAAUACUGGUAAUGGUAUUAGAACUGCUGUCGAUGGUCUCAACCUUGAAAUGUAUCAAGAUCAAAUUCAUGCAUUUUUAGGUCACAAUGGAGCCGGAAAGUCAACUACUAUUGGUAUGUUGACUGGUUUGAUUCCAUGUACUGACGGUGACGCAUUGGUCAAUGGAUACAGUAUCCAAACACAAAUGGAUCACGUUAGAAGAACUUUGGGUGUUUGUCCACAACAUGAUAUCAUUUGGAAACAAUUGACAGUCUAUGAACAUCUCUGUAUCUAUGCUGGUUUGAAGGGUAUCUCGGGCAAGGAAAUUGAAAAACAAGCUAUUUUCAUGGCCAAGGAAGUUGGUCUUGAAGAAAAGAUGCACGCUCCAUCUGGUUCACUUUCAGGUGGCCAAAAGAGAAAAUUAUGUCUUGGUAUUGCUUUUAUUGGUCGUUCUGAAGUUAUCUUCCUUGAUGAAGUAACAUCAGGUAUGGAUCCAUUAUCAAGACGAGGAGUAUGGGAUUUCUUGUUACGUAAUAAGCAAUCAAGAACCAUUGUAUUGACAACUCAUUUUAUGGAUGAAGCUGAUUUCCUUGGUGACCGUAUUGCAAUCAUUUCACAUGGUAAACUUAGAUGUGACGGUUCCCCACUCUACUUGAAAAAGAAGUUUGGUGUUGGUUAUUUGUUGACAAUGUCCAAGAUUGAAGGAUGUCAAUCACAAUCGGUCAUUGACUUUGUACACCGUUUUAUCCCCGAAGCUGUCGUCUUGUCCGACGCAGGUACUGAACUCAGUGUACGUCUCCCUACAUCAUCGGUCAACCAAUUUGUCCCAUUGUUCCGUGAAAUGGAUCAGCAAAAGGGGUACUUGGGAAUCGGUCAUUACGGUAUCUCUAUUACAACCAUGGAAGAAGUAUUCCUUAGAAUCGGUCAAGAGUCUACUGAAAAUGGACGUCAAUUCAACCUCAACUCUAAUGAAAAUAACAAUGAAGAAGCUGUUCGUCGUGCCAUCUCUAUUUCCUCUGUAGGUGUUAGUUCUAAACAACAAUUACGUGGUUUGUUGAUCAAGCGUCUCCAAGUUACAUUCAAAGACAUCAAGUAUUUCUUCUUGUCUGUUGUAUUACCAAUUUUAGUUAUUGCAGGUUCAAUUGCACUUUACAAGGGUGUCAAUACUGAAAGUUUCUUUAAUGAUGUGGUUACUCCAAUGACCUACUCUAUGACUGCUUUUGGUGCCGACAAUAUUGUCCCAAUUCAAACUGUCAACAACAACAUUGCAUCACUUGACGCAUCACCAUUCUUUGCUCAAUUCAACCAACUCCCAAGCGGUGAGUCAUUCGACGACUACUUGAUCGACACUUAUCAACAAGCUGCUGGUGCACUCAACUUCUCCGCACCCAUUGUCUUGUCCACCACCGAUGCCGUCCCACUCGCCUACACAUUGUACUAUAACCGCGGUUAUCUCCACUCUUCGCCAACCCAUAUGAAUCUUGUCAACGACGCUAUACUCCGCAAGCAAACUGGCGGCACUGGUAUCACACUCGGAUCAAUGCCAUUCCGUCACGUCCGUACAGCCUUUGAAUUGGCCAUGGAAAACGUCAAUAUGAGUGCAAUCAUCUACUUUUCCAUUGUAUUUAUGGCCGGGUACUCUUUAAUGUCUGCUUCGUUUGGUGCACAAAUGUGUGUUGAGCGUGUGUCCAACGUCAAACGUCUCCUCUACAUUUCCGGCUGCAAGAAGCAUAUCUACUGGAUCUCUAGUAUUGUCUGGGACUAUUCCAUCGCUAUCCUCGUCGUCAUCAUCGUGUCUGGUGUGUUGGCCGGCAUCGAACCAAAGUUUAAGGAACAGUUUGGUAUCAUCUUCCUCGCACAACUCUUGUACUCGUUGUCUGGUACUCCAUUGGCCUACCUCUUGUCGUACAAGUUCCAAACAAGCGGUCGUGCCAUCGGAGGUAUUUUCGGUCUCAACAUCAUCGUCGGUUUCAUCUUCCUCAUUGCCAGUCUCAACGUGCGUAUCCAAGCACUCGUCAACACGGACGAAACCAUUGAUUUGGCUGCCGAUAUCGUCGACUAUAUCUUCUUUGCCUUCUCGCCCAUCUACUGUCUCGGCAAGAUCAUGACCAUCAUCCUCGAGUUCCCAGGCUCGCUCCCACUCGGCGUCUACAUGGUCGACAACUUUUGGACCAUCAAGUUGGUCGGCAUCCCAUUCAUCUUCCUCGCCUUCCACACCAUUCUCUGGACCACUCUGAUCAUCGUCGUCGACUACAUCCCCGAGAUCAAGGGUAAGUUCCGUAACCCCAAGGACGUCGCCUCGCCACCCCCACCAGCCGACGAAGACUCUGACGUCACUUCCGAAAGACAACGUCUCCUUGCCCCCAAGUCUGAUGAAAUCCUCCAACUCCGCGACCUCCACAGAAAGUUCCCAGCCGUUGGCAAGAACCCGGAAAAACUCGCCGUCUACAACACCACCCUCGGUAUUCCACGUGGUCAAACAUUCGGUCUCCUAGGAAUGAAUGGCGCAGGAAAAACUAGUACCUUGUCUAUGCUAUCUGGUGAUAUCUACCCUACCUCUGGCUCUGCCUCGAUCAAUGGCUUUGACCUUGUCACUGAGCGUGCCAGUGCACUCAAAUCAAUUGGUAGUUGUCCACAAUUUGACGCUCUCCUCCCACUCUUGAACGCACGUCAACAACUCUCCCUCUACUGUCGUAUCAAGGGUAUUCCAGAACACCAAAUUGAAGAGACCGUCGAAGCAUUCAUCUCCAUGAUGGAUGUCACCGGUAUUGCCAACAGCAAUGUCGGUGGAUACAGUGGUGGUAACAAGAGAAAGAUCUCCCUCUCUAUUGCUAUGCUUGGUAAUCCUUCAGUUGUUUUCCUUGAUGAAGCAAGUACAGGAUGUGAUCCACAAGUUAGAAGAUUCAUGUGGAAUGUAAUUUCAGAACUUGGAAAGAACAAGGUUAUCAUUAUUACAACUCAUUCAAUGGAAGAAUGUGAAGCACUUUGUCAACGUGUAUCUAUUAUGAAGGACGGUAAAUUGAUGUGUUUGGGUUCGAACCAACAUAUCAAGAGCAAGUUUGGUUCUGGUUACUCGAUCGAUAUUAAAUUCAAAAAGGAAUAUGUCGAUACUGGUGUUGAUCUUGUUCGUCAAGCUAUCCCAUCCAUCUCCCUCCUCGAUCGUCACGACCUUAUUGCCAACUUUGAAUUACCAUCACCCAACCAACAAGUAUGGCAAUUAUUCGAUAUCAUCCAACAACAACUCUCUCAUAUUGUCGAUGAUUACUCGGUCUCUCAAACUUCACUCGAACAAGUAUUCUUGAAACUUACUGCUUCCACUUAUGAACAAAGAUUAAAUCAAUUGUCAGAGAGUGCUGGUCCAUCAAACAUGCAAACUCCAAUGCAUUCUUAA